CGACAUCUGGAAGUGUCUGUUUUGUUUGUUAGUUAGCUGAACUAAAACAAUUCCUCCCGGACUGAUUUUUUUACUUUAAAAAUGAGGAAAACAAAAUGUAAAGGCUCUGGCUCCUCCACUUGUUCAGAGAUGAACGAAAACACGCAGAAACUGAACCUGAAGCGUGAGAUUGGCUUGGUCAGUGCCGUGUCCCUGAUAGCAGGCACCAUGAUUGGGUCAGGAAUAUUCAUGUCUCCUCAGUGGGUUCUGUACCACAUUGGUAGCCCUGGGGGGAGCCUGGUGAUCUGGGCUGCUUGUGGGUUACUGGCUAUGCUGGGCUCACUCUCCUACGCAGAACUCGGAACAGUCAUCAAGGAAUCCGGUGGCGAAUAUAUCUAUAUUUUGAGAACUUCUGGACCACUUCCAGCCUUCCUCCUAGCCUUCACGUCUAUGCUGGUGGUGAGACCGGCUAGCAUUGCAGGUAUAGCUCUGAGUUUCGCAGAGUAUGCAGUGGCCCCUUUUUAUCAGGGGUGCCCCCCGCCUGAGCUGGUGGUGAAGUUUGUUGCAGCCGCUUGCAUUUUGUUGUUAGCUAUUGCCAACUGCCUCAAUGUCCGGGGGUCGAUGUCCAUUCAAGUCUUCUUCAUGGCUGCCAAAUUAAUUUCCCUGGUGGUGAUUAUCAUCGGGGGAGUGGUAAUGCUCAUCAACGGGCACACUUCCAGCUUUCAGAAUGCGUUUCAAGGCACCAUAGUUGGGAUUAACCCAAUUGGAAUGGCCUUUUAUCAAGGACUGUGGUCCUAUGAUGGAUGGAACAAUCUGAAUUAUGUGACUGAAGAACUGAAACGCCCUGAAGUGAACUUGCCCAGAGCUGUCAUGAUCGCCAUCCCACUGGUCACCGUGCUGUAUUUGCUGGUAAACAUCAGCUACCUGGCAGUCAUGACCCCAACAGAACUGAUGUCAUCAAGUGCUGUGGCUGUGACAUGGGGGAACAAAGUCCUUGGUAGUUGGUCGUGGUUGAUGUCAGUGGCUGCUGCCCUCUCCUCCUUUGGGUCCCUCAAUGGUACUUUCUUUAGUGGUGGUCGUUUGUGCUACGUGGCAGCUCGAGAAGGCCACAUGCCAGAUAUUCUGUCCAUGGCUCAUGUUCAACGCCUCACUCCGUCCCCUGCUCUGAUAUUCUCCACAGCAAUAUCAUUACUGGUCUUAAUACCAGGGAACUUCAAGUCCAUCGUCAACUUUUUCAGCUUCACUGCAUGGUUCUUUUAUGCCAUUACAUUAUCUGGCUUGCUGUAUUUGAAGCUUAAGAAACGGCAUCUUCCUGAAUCCUAUGAGGUCCCAGUCGUCAUUCCGAUCAUCGUGAUAAUCUCUGCAGUGUUCCUGGUGCUGGCCCCCAUCAUUGACGAUCCUGGGAUUGAAUACUUGUACGUUUCCCUGUUUAUUCUGAGUGGAGUCAUGUUUUACAUUCCCUUUAUACACUUUAAGUUGUGCCCAAAUUUCUUGACCAAAGCAACUGUGUUUUUGCAGCUUUUUCUGGAAGUUGCUCCAACUGAAAAAAACACAGACUAAAAUGAAUGUUUGGAUUACAUGUCCUUGGUGUAUUGUUGUAUUGAAUAAAUCUGUGUACAGUAA